AUGUCAGCGCUACGGCCCCAUAGGCGUUGGUGUUCGUGUCCGUCCGAAGAUGCGUUACGCACCGGCAGCAUCAGUACCAGCUCGGCCGCGCUAGCAGAGCUUCUACCCGGGGACGGAGGGCGGAAACCGGCCCAGUGCGGAGCUCAGGCGGCGCCGGUGCAUCUGGACGGCAGGAUGGGAGACCAGAAGGAGUCUCUGCGUAAGAUCACCCACACGCUGGCCGUGAAGAACGAGGAGAUCUCCAACUUCGUCUGCACUCUCAAGCAGAGCCUGGAGAACCUGGAGGCGAACUCCGGCCGGGUGCAGGAGGACCUGGAGUCGGAGUUCAGCGCCCUGCACGCCGUCCUGGGCGAGAUGAAGGAGAGCAUGCUGACGCGCAUCAAGCAGGAGAGGGCCAGUCGCACGUACGAGCUGCAGAGUCAGCUGAGCGCCUGCUCCAAGGCCCUGGAGAGCUCGGAGGAGCUGCUGGAGCUGGCCAACCAGACGCUCUGCUCGGCGGAGGCCGACGGCUUCACCCAGGCGGCCAAAGACAUUAAGGAUAGCGUGACGAUGGCGCCGGCCUUUCGACUCUCCCUGAAGGCCAAAGCCAGUGACAACAUGAGUCACCUGAUGGUGGAUUUCAGCCAGGAGAGGGAGAUGCUGCAGGAUCUCAGGUUCCUCCCAGUUCCCGCCACCCCAGAGAUCCAGGUGUCAGAGUGCCAGGUGUGCGACAACACGGUGACCGUCGUCUGGACCUUGCCCGAGCCCGACAGCAAGAUCGACCACUACAUCCUGGAGCACCGGCGGACCAAUCACGAGGGCCCGCCCCGCAUCAGAGAGGACUACCCCUGGAUGGUGCUGGAGGGGAUCCGAGAGAAGGAGCACACUCUCACAGGUCUGCGCUUUGACACCCGAUACAUGACGUUCAGAGUGAGAGCGUGCAACAAGGCCGUGGCCGGGGAGUUCUCGGAGCCCGUCACUCUGGAAACCCACGCCUUCACGUUCAAACUGGACGCCGGCUCGGCCCACCAGAACCUGAAGGUGGAGGACCUGAGCGUGGAGUGGGACAGCAGCGGGGGAAAGGUGCAGGAGAUCCGCAAAGAGAAGAACCGAACCAACUCCCCGAUGCACUCCCCGGCCAGGACGGCCCUGAUGUCUCCAAAGAGGGCACCGACGGCCCGGCCCGGCAGAGACAGGUUCACGGCCGAGUCCUACACCGUUCUGGCGGACACCAUGAUCGACGCGGGCCAUCAGUACUGGGAGGUGCGCUUCGACAAGGAGAGCAAGGCCUUCGCGGUGGGCGUGGCCCUGCGCAGCCUGGGCCGCUUCGACCAGCUGGGCAAGAGCAGCGCGUCCUGGUGCAUCCACCUCAACAACUGGCUGCAGCAGAGCCUCACGGCCAAGCACAACAACAAGGCCCGCACCCUGGACUGCCCCAUCCCGGCCAGCAUCGGGGUCUACGUCAACUACGACGAAGGUUUACUCUCCUUUUACAACGCCAAAACGAAGGUGCUGAUGCAUAGCUUCAAAACAAAGUUCCAGCAGCCAGUCAUCCCGGCCUUCAUGGUGUGGAACGGGAGCUUCUCGGUGGUGACCGGCCUGCAGGUUCCCAGCGUGGUGCAGAGCGGCCAGAGGAGGAACAGCGGCACCAGCAGCUCCAACGCCAGCCUGACCUAGCCCCCCCCUCCCCCAGCCGGACGCCGCCCAGAUCACCUCCUCUGCACAGGCGGCGUCUGGACGCCGUAUCGCCGAAACGCCGAAAGUUUCUACCCCUGCAUGACGGCAAACAUUGAUUUCCAGGAAACAGAAGGCCACCUCUCAGCGACCGGUCCUCCAGGUGUCUUAACCGUGGCUCUCGUAACCGCUUGGGAGGCAUUAGCUUUCAUCUCAGUUUUUUUCCCCCUCGCCGCACAUCGUUUCCGCACUGCUGCUAGAGCUCCGUGUUAGCGCUGGCCGCUGCUCCCCCGCCGCCACCAAAACUGUCCGCUGGUCGUCUCCAUCCCUGUGCCUUCCCUCUCACGUCCAAACCCAGCGGUCUGCCUCCACGGGCUUCAUCUCCACCAAAAGUUAUCAACCCCUCCGUGUUUCUGAUGAAAGUCUACUUGUUGUAUCGGUGUCAGUGUUGGGCAGAGCGAGCCUCCGCCCACCAGUCGGUCAGUGUUAAUCCAAUAGUACCAUGCUUGUAGAUGUUGCCUUAGAGCAACUCAACACUAAUUAAUCGAGUUUUUAAAAAAUUUGCCACGACACGCAAGCUGAUCGAUAUCUAAAGCAUUUCACUAUGUGGACCUCCGCUUUGCAUACGUAAACCAGGUCCCCCAGGCUGAGCAUCCACACAGAGUCUGAGGGAUUCCUGUUGUGCCGUUAUAGGCCAGCGGGGGCUUUUCGGGAGCAGCUCCUGUAUCUGAACGCUGCUUCAUCCCCAUAUCCAGCGACUCCGUGUUAGUGCAGCAAAGACAACUAGCAAUGAGUAGCCAGCUGCCCGCAGUCCAAACAUAAAUAUUAAUUACACAGCCAGUAGUUCCAGCUAACAAACUGUACGAGAGGGAGCAAAGGGAGACACUCUGGAGACGUGUCCUGAAGACGGUGGUUUGGCCCCUCCCUGCCUGCCCUGUUACGUUUCCCCCGGCAGGCCUGCUUCGCCCUAUCUGUCCCUCUGUGUGCGUCUCCUGAAUAACUGUAGCCUGCAAUGCUUUUAUGAAGCAGCCAGCUGAGAGUUCUGUUCACGUCAUUACACAUGCGGACAAAAUGUCACCAUUUCCUGUAUAUAGUUUCAUUUUUUCACUCUGAUGUAUUAGUGGUGGAGGUAAUAAAGGAGCGUGAGCCUUUUGUUCUCGCACAGCCUUGUGGACGAGGAGCAAAACACAGACCUUCAUGAAACUUGUUUUUUUUUUUUUGUU